CCGAAUGUGUGCGUACAGUUUGGUUCGGCUAACAGUCGGAUUCCUUCGAGCACGGCGACCAAAAAUUUGAGGAUGUCUUCUUCUCCAAAACGAAGCUUACAGUCUUGGUGGUCUCCAGCUAAGAAGUGGCUCGCCUCUCAUGGUUCAAUUUUCAAUGGUUUCCUGGGUGCUAGAGGAAACCAAUGGGAACUCGAAGAAUCAACUGAGGAGGAAGGAGAAGAAAAGAGGAUUGAUGAGCCAAUACCAAACAUUGAAGAAGUAGAGAAGAUUAUAGGGUACACUUUCAAAGAACAGAGCUUGUUAUGUCAAGCAUUCAUACAUUCUUCAUAUCAUUCUCAUAAAUAUGAAUCAUAUGAACGGCUUGAGUAUGUGGGUGAUUCUGUACUGAACUUAAUGAUCACUAAACAACAGUAUUCAAUGUACCCCGACCUUCCGCCUGGGCUGUUGUCACCUUUACGUGCUGCCAAUGUUGAUACAGAGAAGCUUGCUCGCGUUGCUGUAAGACAUAAGUUCCACAAAUUCCUACGUCACAGUCAGCCUAUUCUAAGGAAAAGAAUCAGUAUAUUUAUUGAUGCUCUUCCAAAUUACCCUAUACACUCACAUGGACUUAUUGCUGCCCCAAAGGUCCUCGCUGAUGUGGUUGAAUCAACAAUUGGGGCUGUAUUCAUUGACAGCAAUGCUUCCCUUGAUAAAACCUGGGAGGUAACAAAGACACUAUUGGAGCCAAUAAUAACUCCAGAAAUGCUCGAAACAAAUCCUGUAAAGAAGCUAAAAGAAAUGUGCCAAAAGCAUAAGCUUAAAGUGGAGCUCGUAGAUCUCUGGGCAAAAAACAGAACUUGUGAAGUAUUAGUUGACAACCAAUAUAGAGGAAGAGGGAAGUGCCUUCAGAAGAAAGAGGUCGCACUGAAUAGAGCCGCAAGUGAGGCAUAUGAUGAAGUGCUUAGAGUUUUAGGUGAUACUAAGUCAUCAUAGUUUCGAGCCAUUGUCAAUCCCGAGCUCCACCAUGGUAAUUAGUUAGAUUGAAAUUUUAUGUGUAUUGCUAUGAGGAUGGGUUAGAAUGAGUUUGUAUACAUAUCGGUUGUGAUGCUUGUUGUUAUGAAUGGUCAUUUUUGUUAAAAUUUAUGUGAUUGCUUUUUAGAAUUUAGUUGGAGUAUUAUGUGUUUCGGACUGGGUUAGUCGGUGUCAAUUCAAGGUCUUGUAUACUUACCGGGAUUAUUCCAAGCAAAAGAAAGUCUUAUGAUUGCUUA